CCCCCCCCCCAACUCCAGCAACCCCGCAGAGUAGAGCUGCAGCGGGAGGGGCUGAGGCAGAGAGGAAAGAGAACCGGAGGCGAAGCUGAGGGGGUUUUCUCCAAAAAUCUCCAGAGCCACCAGAGAGAGCUUCCCCAGCUCCUCUCCCUUCAUCAGCCUUCCUUUUCCUUCUCCAUAUAGCAUCAGUCUAAGAGAUUGAGUCACUUCUGUUCCUCUCUCGUCUCUGCUGAGCUCCCCCAGCCUUUCUCCAAAGCGCCCCCACACCGCCACCGCCACCGCCACCGCCGCCACCACCGGUCAUCACCAUGACGGAGACCAACAAUGAAUGCAGCAUCAAGGUGCUCUGUCGAUUCAGACCCCUGAACCAGUCGGAGAUUCUGCGGGGUGACAAAUUUAUCCCCCUUUUUCAAGGGGACGACAGCGUCAUUAUUGGGGGAAAGCCGUAUGUAUUUGACCGAGUAUUCCCUCCAAACACAACACAGGAACAAGUUUAUCAUGCAUGUGCCAUGCAAAUUGUCAAAGAUGUUCUUGCUGGUUACAAUGGCACUAUUUUUGCUUAUGGACAGACAUCAUCAGGAAAGACACACACUAUGGAGGGGAAGUUGCAUGACCCUCAGUUGAUGGGAAUAAUUCCUCGAAUUGCCCGUGAUAUCUUCAAUCACAUCUAUUCCAUGGAUGAGAACCUUGAGUUCCACAUCAAGGUUUCUUACUUUGAGAUUUACCUGGAUAAAAUUCGUGACCUUCUGGAUGUGACCAAGACAAACCUGUCUGUGCAUGAAGAUAAGAACCGGGUGCCAUUUGUCAAGGGUUGCACUGAACGUUUUGUGUCUAGCCCAGAAGAAAUUUUGGAUGUUAUCGAUGAGGGGAAAUCCAACCGCCAUGUGGCAGUCACUAACAUGAAUGAGCACAGCUCUAGAAGCCACAGCAUUUUCCUUAUCAACAUCAAGCAAGAAAAUGUGGAGACUGAGCAAAAGCUCAGUGGGAAGCUCUAUCUCGUGGAUCUAGCAGGAAGUGAGAAGGUCAGCAAAACAGGGGCAGAGGGAGCAGUGUUGGAUGAAGCAAAGAAUAUCAACAAGUCUUUGUCAGCUUUGGGGAAUGUGAUCUCUGCCCUGGCUGAAGGCACAAAAAGCUACGUUCCAUACCGUGACAGCAAAAUGACUAGGAUCCUUCAGGACUCUUUGGGAGGGAACUGCCGGACAACCAUGUUUAUCUGCUGCUCACCAUCCAGUUACAAUGAUGCUGAGACCAAAUCUACCCUUAUGUUUGGACAGAGGGCAAAGACCAUCAAGAACACUGCUUCAGUGAAUCUGGAACUGACUGCUGAGCAAUGGAAGAAGAAAUAUGAGAAAGAGAAGGAGAAGACAAAGGCACAGAAAGAGACAAUUGCCAAGCUGGAAGCUGAGCUGAGCCGGUGGCGAAAUGGAGAAAACGUGCCAGAGACAGAGCGUCUGGGUGGGGAGGAAUCAACCCCUGGAGGGGAGCCCUGUGAGGAGACACCAGUGAAUGACAACUCAUCCAUUGUGGUUCGAAUUGCUCCUGAGGAAAGACAGAAAUAUGAAGAAGAGAUAAGGCGUCUCUAUAAGCAACUAGAUGAUAAGGAUGAUGAGAUUAAUCAGCAGAGUCAACUGAUGGAAAAACUUAAGCAACAAAUGUUGGACCAGGAAGAGCUAUUGGUGUCCACACGAGGUGACAAUGAGAAGGUUCAGCAGGAGCUGAGUCAUCUGCAGUCAGAGAAUGAUGCAGCCAAGGAUGAGGUGAAAGAGGUGUUGCAGGCAUUAGAGGAACUAGCAGUCAACUAUGAUCAAAAAUCACAGGAAGUUGAGGAAAAGAGUCAGCAGAACCAGCUGCUGAUGGAUGAACUGUCACAAAAGGUGGCUACCAUGCUGUCCCUGGAGUCUGAGCUGCAGAGGCUACAAGAAGUCAGUGGCCAUCAGAGAAAGAGAAUUGCUGAGGUCUUGAAUGGACUGAUGAAGGACCUGAGUGAAUUCAGUGUCAUUGUGGGCAAUGGAGAGAUCAAACUGCCGGUGGAAAUAAGUGGAGCAAUCGAGGAGGAGUUCACUGUGGCCCGACUCUACAUCAGUAAGAUCAAGUCAGAAGUCAAGUCUGUGGUUAAGCGGUGCAGGCAACUGGAGAAUCUCCAGGUUGAAUGUCACCGAAAAAUGGAGGUUACUGGGAGAGAGCUCUCUUCCUGUCAACUGCUCAUCUCCCAGCAUGAGGCCAAAAUCCGAUCCCUGACUGAGUAUAUGCAGAGUGUGGAACUGAAAAAGAGGCAUCUUGAAGAAUCCUAUGAUUCCUUGAGCGAUGAGCUUGCUAAGUUACAGGCUCAGGAAACUGUGAAUGAAGUAGCCUUGAAGGACAAGGAACCAGACACACAGGAUGCUGAUGAGGUGAAGAAGACACUGGAACUGCAGAUGGAGAACCAUCGUGAGGCCCAUCACCGGCAGCUGGCCCGGCUUCGGGAUGAGAUCAAUGAGAAGCAGAAAAUCAUUGAUGAGCUUAAGGACCUAAAUCAGAAGCUACAGCUGGAGCUAGAAAAACUGCAGGCUGACUAUGAAAAGCUCAAGAGUGAGGAGCAUGAGAAAAGCAUCAAACUGCAGGAGCUGACAUUUCUCUAUGAGCGACAGGAGCAGUCCAAGCAGGACCUCAAGGGGCUGGAGGAGACUGUUGCCCGGGAACUCCAGACCCUCCACAACCUUCGCAAGCUGUUCGUUCAAGACGUCACGACUCGAGUCAAGAAAAGUGCAGAAAUGGAACCCGAGGACAGUGGGGGGAUUCACUCCCAGAAACAGAAGAUUUCCUUUCUUGAGAACAACCUGGAACAGCUUACAAAGGUUCACAAACAGCUGGUUCGUGACAAUGCAGAUCUGCGCUGUGAGCUUCCUAAGUUGGAGAAACGACUUAGGGCUACGGCUGAGAGAGUUAAGGCCCUGGAGGGUGCACUGAAGGAAGCAAAGGAGGGAGCCAUGAAAGAUAAGCGCAGAUACCAGCAAGAGGUAGACAGAAUCAAGGAAGCCGUGCGCUACAAGAAUGCUGGCAAGAGAAACCACUCUGCUCAGAUUGCCAAACCAGUCCGGCCUGGCCACUAUCCAGUGUCUUCACCCACCAAUCCUUAUGGCACCAGGAGCCCCGAAUGCAUCAGCUACACAAACAAUCUCUUCCAGAACUACCAGAAUUUGUACCUGCAGGCUGCACCUAGUGCUACUUCAGACAUGUACUUUGGUAACUCCUUUGCCAGCGGUGGAACCCCCUCAUCCAGUGGCAAUCUGGCUUCCUACCAGAAGCUAAACAUGGAUAAUGGAAAUGCCACAGACAUCAAUGACAACAGGAGUGACCUGCCCUGUGGCUGUGAAGCUGAUGAACAGGCUAAGCUUUUCCCCCUUCAUCAAGAGACAGCAGCCAGCUAAUCCUCCCCCAUGAACUGAUGCAUAUCUGCACUUUGAGUUUCUAAGAGGGAUUGAGGCCUCUCCUCUCAGCAUGCUGCAAACCUGUGGUCUCUGAUACUAACCCCUUUCCCCAAUUCUCGUUGUUCAACUGUAUCAUGUUUGAUGUCUUUCUCUUGUUCUCUGUAUAUCUCUGUGUACUGUAUAUCAAAACUGCUGCUAUGUCUUUUUUUCCACUGUCUUACUCUUGAAGGUAUCUAAUGAUGUAUCUAGCAACUUUUUAUGCAUAGUCUACCCCACUCACUUGGGGUAGUAAGGAGGAAGGUGAAGGUUUUUUCUUCUCUCUCAUGUAUUUGUCAUUCACACUGAGUGGUAUUAAUCACUGAGUUAGGGUCACUGGUAAAGGGGGCAAAUGGUAAAGAUGGAAAAAAGAAAGCUAGAGGCCCAUGGCCUUUCUUAUUUAAAAACAAAGCCUUAAGUUGAAGAAUGUUUUGGCUUUAUUAACAAGUUACAGAAAACUUUUUUUCAUAUAUUUAUUAAGCAGGGGUGGUUAGAUUUCCUACCCACUGAGGAUUCCAGAUAUUUACCUCUGUCCUCCAAAAUCUGUCUGUCUUUCCCUUUUGUUGUUCUCUGGGCAUUGAAAACAUGAGUGGCUGAAAUCACUA